AACCUGAACGAGAAGGGGAGAGUGACGUCAUUUCCGGCAGCGCGUGCGGUGAAGGGUUGUGUUUGAGAGUGGAGUUGAAGUCUACGUUUCUCCUGUCUCUGUGAGAUUAUGAGCUCUAACAGCAUGACGGACCCGCGGAGACACAACAAGAUCUUCCGCUACAAGCCCCCUAGCAGUGAAUCUAACCCCACUCUGGAGGAUCCGACUCCAGACUACAUGAACCUCCUGGGAAUGAUCUUCAGCAUGUGUGGACUCAUGCUCAAGUUGAAGUGGUGUGCGUGGAUUGCUGUGUACUGCUCCUUCAUCAGUUUUGCGAACUCUCGCAGCUCAGAGGACACGAAACAAAUGAUGAGUAGUUUCAUGCUCUCUAUAUCAGCGGUGGUGAUGUCAUACCUUCAGAACCCCCAGCCUAUGUCACCACCAUGGUAACCAAGGUCAUGACCCCAAAGGGGGUUAAACACACAGAUCCAACAAGCUCCUCCCUCUCUCUGAUUGGCUGAGAGCUCAUCACACUGUAGAUAGUGUGUGUGUGUGUGUGUGUGUGUGUGUGUGUGUGUGUGUGUUGGAAAACUGUUAAUAUAAAAUAAAGAGGAGUUUUUUUUAAACUUAA